CGUACAAGAACUGCACAAACAAGAUUACAGUCAGUUGACAGCAGAUCACCUUUGCUUCAGCGCUUGGUGGAGCACGUGGCUGGGCCCAUAACCUGUAGUAACUGGGAUCUGGAGUUGUGGACGAAAGAACUGAGACGAGUUUGUGGCAGCAAUCAAAUGGAGAACGAUUUAUUCGUGACAGUCAUAUUUAUAAGCAGCGUUCUGUACAUAAGCAGCAGUAGUGUCAAUAAGAGAUUGUUAUUUACAGAAAACAGAAUAGCCAAUUGUGGAUUACUAAAAACAACACACCUCCUCUGCAAACUGAAUGGAAACGUCCUUUUAUCGCGCGUCCUCUCUGUAAUUUGUGCCCUGACUCUUCAUGGCGUUGUUGCAGGCGUCAUCCAGACGAUGAACUUCGCAGAGAACGGCCGACACCUCGCCAACCAGGACUACACCAUCUGCAUGCGACAGGAAGAGGACAUGUGCUCCAUCGUGUACGAACCCUGUGACGAAAAUUCAUUCAAAAUCGGCCCGGCCGUCUCGCAGCAGCAGCUCGACGACGAAGUUGGCGGCUCUGGUUUUGGCAUCGUAGGCGAGGCUCGAGAACAAUGUAACGAUAAAAUCGUGAUGCCAUGUGACUCUGAAGAAUUUUUAGCCGCGGAGGGCUUCGGUUCCACAGGACUGUGUGACCUUCUGCAUUGCGGAAACUCCUUCUGCAGCCCGGGCGAGUCAACUUGCAGAAUCGAAAGCAGCACCACGCCGUUCAACAUCCGGGUCAUGUUCGGGCCGGCCGUGCGCGAGGAGUCCCCCGAAGACAAUCUGGGGAUGUGCCUCAAGUACGAGCAGCAGCCGUGCGUGUCUUGAUGGAUGCAUCUCUUUGGAUUCGGUCUCCAAGCAACAAUGUCGGAAAAAAAAUACUUGAAAAAGUUGGCUGUGCAAUUUUGCCUAUUAAUUUAUUUCCUGUUUAUUUUAUAAAUAAAUAACUACUAACAACUU